ACAAAUCCACGCGCUAAAAUUUUCUCCGUCGCCGCUGGGCGUUCUAGACGCGAUGGAUGACGAGGCGGCUCCCGUACCCCAACUGCUUCUAUCUAGUCCGUUUUGCCUUUUUUUUUUCCCCACGCGUUGAGGUCUAUUUGGGCUGCUGGUGGUGCGGCACCCGGUCAAGUCCUCUCUUUGCUGACCUCGGACGGAGCAGGGGGGAGGAAGGAAGCGAGCAAGCGAGGAGGAGAGCAUCGAUCGGUGAGGGGAGAGAGGCAUGGCGGGGAGGGCGCGGUACGACAACCCCUUCGAGGAGGGCGGCGCCGACGAGGUCAACCCUUUCGCGGACCAGGCUAAAAGAGGAGCAUCAAACGCUCAGUCCAGCUAUUCCGGUGGCGCGUUCUACACAACGCAAUCACGCCCUGCUCCUCCGAGCACACGCCGUUCGCCUCUUCCUCCGGAACCUGCCGACUUCUACAAUGACUUUGCUACCCCGGUGGACAUCCCCAUGGACACAAACAGGGACAUCAAGACAAGGGAGAAGGACCUUCUGGCCAAGGAGGCUGAGUUGAACAGGCGUGAGAAGGAACUCAAAAGGAGAGAGGAGGCUGCCGCACGAGGUGGAGUUUCAGUGUUCAUCCCUAGGAUGUUAAUUUUGAUAUUUCCUGGUGUCAUUCACCAAUUAAUACUUCGUUUAACAAAGCACUGUCACUCAUUUUAUUUUGCAGCUGGCAUUGUAUUGGAAGAGAAAAACUGGCCACCAUUUUUCCCCAUCAUUCAUCAUGAUAUUGGGAACGAGAUACCUAUCCAUUUGCAAAGAACACAGUACGUUGCAUUUGCAUCACUAUUAGGAUUGGUCUUGUGUCUGUUUUGGAACAUCAUCUGUGUUAGCGCUGCCUGGGCAAAAGGGUCAGGUCCUAAGAUAUGGUUUCUUGCAAUCAUAUACUUCAUUCUUGGAUGCCCCGGUGCCUACUUCCUAUGGUACCGGCCACUUUACCGUGCCAUGAGGAACGAGAGUGCUCUGAAAUUUGGGUGGUUUUUCCUCUUCUACUUGGUUCAUAUCGCCUUCUGCGUGUAUGCAGCUGUUUCCCCUUCAAUUCUCUUUGUGGGAAAAUCAUUGACUGGGAUUUUUCCAGCAAUCGACUUGAUAGGCAAUAGCGUCAUUGUUGGGAUCUUCUACUUCGUUGGCUUUGGAUUGUUCUGCCUCGAGUCUUUGCUAAGCAUGUGGGUCAUUCAGCGUGUCUACCGGUACUUCCGGGGCAGCGGGAAAGAAGCGGAGAUGAAGCGGGAGGCAGCACGUGGUGCGGCGAGGGCAGCAUUUUGAUGAUCCGUAUAUAUAAGUAUAUAUAUAUAUAUACAACACGUAUAAUGUUCAUAGUGUGAAGUGUUUGUAGAUCAAAAAGACGUGCGGAGUAGGGUUAGUGUGAUGUAAAUCUACAGAAUUUAAUUUCCUUAUUUUCCACUGAGUUUGGAGCCCUUCAGAUUGAUCAGUCCUGUCAGUAUUAGAAUGGAGUAAAUACACACACAUGAAACUAGAUGGUUUGUUGUUACAUACUGUAUGUGACUUUUCUGUGUUGCCUUUGACCACUUUA